AUGCGGGCCAGACAAACCGCUGCUGCUGCAGCGGCAGUGGCAGCAGAAGCGUCUGGCCGCAGCAGCAGCAGCGGCAGCAGCAGCAGCAAGAGGCAUGAGUGCCCCAUAUGCUUCGAGUGUUUUUCUCUAGACGACGAGCUGCGUCCUAAAGUCCUGUCUUGCGGCCACACCCUGUGCUGCAGCUGCGUCUGUAGACUCAUUGACUCCGAUGCAGCAGCAGCUAGCCCUUUGCUGCCGCUGCUGCUGGAGGUUGCUGCUGCCAGGCGGCGCCUGCAUGAGCUGCAGCAGCAGCAGCAGCAGCAGGAGCAGCAGCAGCAGCAGCAGCAGCAAAGUGAAGGCUUGCUGUCAGCAGCAGCUGCUGGUGCUACACUUGCGGGCAUAACAUCACCGUGGGGCGCCUUUGGCGCAGCAGCAUCUGUGGCGCUCAGCCAAAGAGUAGCAGCAGCAGCAGCAGCAGCGGAAGCAGCAGCAGCAGAGCAGCAAAGGCUGCGCUCGCUGCUCUCCUCGGGCCUUCUUGCUGCUGCUGUCCGCUGCCCCUGCUGCCGCUGCUGGGGCCGCGUAGCAGCAGAAAAUUUGGCGCUGCUGCAGUCUGCAGAAGAGGAGGAGCAACACCGUAGGCGUCGUCUUGAGCAGCAGCAGCAGCAGCAACAACAGCAGCAGCAGCAGCUCCAGAUGGAGCAGCAGCGCCGAAGAGACCUUAAAAGGCGGCCCCGAGAAGCAGAAGAGACAGACAACCAGCAGCAAACGAUGUGCGAAGUCCACCCGUGGCAACCGGUCGUCGCCUUAUGCGGUUCGUAG